UUGGUUGAAUAGUGCCUCAGGUUGCUCAGCAAGCGUAACAGUAUUGAUUGGUCCACCAGUCUGCCAGUCAUUGUCUAGCUCUACUAUCACGCAAGUGACGCCCUAGUUUCUGCAGGUGCAACACUGGGUACUACUGCAACGGAGCUACAGAUAAAACAGACAAUUCACGAUGGCCUCAGCAACAGCCACCUAUGGACAGAAGGAGUCCUCCGACCAGAACUUCGACUACAUGUUCAAGAUCCUGAUCAUUGGCAACAGCAGUGUGGGUAAAACCUCCUUCCUGUUUCGCUAUGCUGAUGACUCCUUCACGCCGGCUUUCGUCAGCACAGUGGGCAUCGACUUCAAGGUGAAGACCAUCUACAGGAACGACAAAAGGAUAAAGCUGCAGAUAUGGGAUACUGCCGGACAGGAGCGCUACAGGACCAUCACCACGGCCUACUACAGAGGAGCCAUGGGCUUCAUCCUCAUGUAUGACAUCACCAACGAGGACUCCUUCAACGCCGUGCAGGACUGGUCCACCCAGAUCAAGACGUACUCCUGGGACAACGCCCAGGUCCUGCUGGUGGGAAACAAGUGUGACAUGGAAGACGAGAGGGUGGUGGCAGCAGACAGGGGCCGGCAGCUCUCUGACCAACUGGGCUUUGAGUACUUUGAGUGCAGUGCCAAGGACAACAUCAACGUCAAGCAGACGUUUGAGCGGCUGGUGGACAUCAUCUGUGAGAAGAUGUCGGAGAGCUUAGACAACGCCGACCCCGCCGUCACAGGGGCCAAACAGGGGCCCCAGCUCACCGAGCAGCCCGAACGCCCCCACCAGGACUGUGCUUGCUAAACACCCACUACACACGUACCACACACACCUGACCCCUCACACACCACUUCCUGCAGCCUCCUCAGCUGGUGGAAGAGGUCUGUGAUGGGUUUGUGUUUUAGAUGGAAGAGCCUGGCUGAAAACUCCGUUAUUCCAUAUUUCAGUCCCCCGUCCAUCCAUAGGUGUUUAGAGUCCAAAGUUCACAUUCUGACUCCCCUUACUGCGGCCUCGAACCUGAAGGGAUUUCAUGUAUUUUUUCGAAGGGCCACAUUGCUGAUUAUCUGUUUACUGUUGAUAGCUUUGUUUUUGUUUUUUCGAUGUCCUCGAUUAGCUGGUUAACAAUCAAAUUCAUUUAAGUGGCGUGAGUGAGGUAUGUUCUUAAGUCCACAUUUUGGAUAACAAAUAUUUUUAUGAGAUUUGUUUUUUCAAACAUAUCUGACCAAAAUCCCAUGCAUAUCGGUUAUCAGUCAUGGUCAUUUCCUAAUAUUCUAUAAUUGCUGGAUUUAAGAAAAAUAUAUCCUUUUUUUUUUUUUUUUUAGCAAAUCUAGAAAAGUGUCUUUAAGUAGAAGAGUAUAUAUAAAUGUUCAACUUCGUAAUAUAAUAAAUAUGCAUUUUAGAAUUCAAAAAUAUAUAAACAAAUGGUGUAAAAUUACAAUAAUUUAGGGUGUAAAAAUAUCUGUGCUUUGUGAGAGGUGCAUGCUGUUUUUUUUGUUUGUUUUUGUUUUUUACCAUGGAACAUCUAAAGAGCUGUUGGACACGUCCCGCUGAAUCAAACUGGCUUGUUUGUUUCGCUGUUUGGGUCUGUUGUGAACAACAGUUGAAAAUGUAGCUUCUUAUUCCUUGUCAGUGUGCAUCACUGCUAUUCUACAGCACAAUCGCCUCUUAUUCAUGUGUAUAACACGAGCACACACACACAGUAAGGACAACACUGGGCUACUGCACCCAUAUACUACAACACUGACCAAUGUUAACAUCACAUUCCAAUCUCUUUCCCAUAGUCCGUUUGACUUUUUUAUUGAUUUUUUAAAAUUGAUUUUUUUGUUUUGUUUUUGCAUGUUCAACGUCAUGUUUGUGUGAUUUUGGUCUGUUUCAGUGUAGAGAUAAUUGCUUGUUGGUAUAUACAUGAGGAUAACGUAAUAAUAAUAAUAAUAAUAUAAUAUAUUAUAUUAUUAUUAUUAUUUAUAACGUAGUCAAUGAAAUGCACUGAGGCACAUGAAGGUAUUUGGUCAGUUAUGCCACGACCAUCUAUAUUUACACACAGUAUUAUGUCUUAUUUUUUAGAUGAGGUUCUUCAUAGAUUGUUUGCGGGCUGCGCUCUAUCACAGUUGGAAAAAAGACUUAUCAGUAUUGUGUGGGGUGGUUGGUUUAAACCAGGCUGUCCUUUUUGAGAUUGAAUUGGGUUGACAUACUCCUGCCCGAAAACACUUACAUUCCACUGUAUGUUCUCCUGAUUAUGUACAAGCUGUUUCAAGGAACUACUUUUACUUCCAUUUUCCAUGUUUCUAAACCAACUGAACCUUUUAGGGUGGGUGUAGUACCAGUGUGAAUACUGUAUUACUCUCAGAGAAAUACUGUGUCAUUGGCCAGCCUGGUUCUCCAAUAUUAACUACCAACAAACCUGCUAAAGGUCAUGUCUGUUACAAAUACUGUUUGUGUUUAGUCUUAAGGCAGCUUUGCUUUAAUGUUUUUUCCAAAGACGUCCCAAUUAGACUACCAAGCCAAAAAUGACACCCACUGGGACAAGACUUGUUUGACAUGUUUUUGGAGCUAUACUGAGUUUUGGAGCUGCACUGAGUUAAAGUUUUCAAAAAGGGAGAAGUGUGUAAAGUAUAAUCAGUACUUUAUUUAACUUAGCAAGUCAGUUAAUAAAAAAAUAUUAUUUACAAUGACGGCCUACCGGGCCGGGGAAAAGUGGGUUAACUGCCCUUUUCAGGGGCAGAACGACAGAUUUUUACCUUGUCAGCUCGGGGAUUCGAUUAUUGGCCCAGCUCGGGAUUUGGUUACACGCCCAACGCUCUAGCCACUCGGCAACCUGCCGCCCCUAAUCACUUCCUAUUAAACAACUUUAGUUUUCUUUGUUGAUUUUGUGUUUUGCUGUAAACUUGCCUCUGACUUAGGUAUGUGUCCAAUUCAGCUUUCUUAGCUCUCCGCCCUUCCUUCCCCCUGUAAAUAAGCAUUUUUUUGUUGGGUUUUAGUCUUGAAUUGUGCUGUAAUACUGUAACUCCAGGUUUGCUAAAACUAAGGAAUUAAUAAACAAAAUAUAAAAGCAG